ACGUUUGGACUCGGAGAUGGAGUAUUAGGAUUCGUACUUAUAUUAUCAAUUUCGUUCAAAACAUCUUUACAACGCUUAGCAACUUUUAAUCCCUCUGGGCAUAAAUCACGAUUAUAUUUUGAUGUUUCAAAAUCGGAUAUGAUACUAUCUAAAAAUUUUUUUGACAUGGAAAAAUCUUUUCGCAUACCCCCCACCAUAGAAAAGAAUAAAGACAUUAUUAAUUAUUAUGUAUAA